CACAGCGGCCGGCCACCACGCGCACUGAGCCAGCUGCACACAAGUCUGCAACAGCCCAGUGGACUGCAGUCAGAAUGAGGAUUGUGUUGGGAGACCAGUGGAUAGAAAGCAGCCUGGUUUUGAUGGGUAUUGUGACACUUUCUCUUUCCCUGGGAAACCUCUCAAGCCGAGGACAGGAGGAGGGUGUCGCUUCUAACAGUUUGGAGGAUGAACAGGAAGUAACCACAUACUGGUGGGGAGAGUGGGCCAAAUGGACUGCAUGCACACGUACCUGUGGAGGUGGAGUGAUGUCACAAGAGAGACACUGUCUAAAGCAAAGAAAGAGAACAACAGCUGGCAAGAACAAUAUGACCUGUACAGGCAGUGCCAAAAAAUACCGCCUCUGCAAUACCAAGGAUUGCCCCUCGACUGGAAGCAGCUUCAGAGAGGAGCAGUGCUGGUCGUUCAAUUCACAGAUUUACAAUGGCAAAAGCUAUGAUUGGAAACCCCUCUACCCUGACGACUAUGUGCAUAUCUCCAGCAACCCCUGUGACCUGCACUGCACGACCACCGAUGGCCAGCGGCAGCUCAUGGUGCCGGCCCGGGACGGCACGUCCUGCAAGUACAGCAGCUACAGGGGAGUGUGUGUAAAUGGCAGGUGUGAGCCAAUCGGGUGCGAUGGAGUGCUCUUCUCCGCCAAAAUACUGGACAAGUGUGGUGUCUGUCAAGGGGACGGCAGCAGCUGCAGCAGAGUCACCGGCAACUUCCGACGUGGGGCAUCCACUCUGGGAUAUUCUUUCAUCACUCAAAUCCCUGAGGGCUCAUGGGAUAUCCAGAUAAUUGAGAGGAAAAAGUCAGCUGAUAUCUUAGCUGUGACAGACCAGGCUGGGAAUUUUUUCUUCAACGGCGCGUACAAAGUGGACGCCCCUCAGAACUUCCACGCCGCGGGCACCAUCUUCAAGUACCGGCGGCCCACCGAUGUGUACGAAACAGGGAUCGAGUACAUCGUGGCCAAAGGGCCCAUCGACCAGCCCAUCAAUGUUCUGGUGUGGAACCAGAACGGUCGGAACCCCUACAUCACCUACGAGUACACGGUCCUGCGGGACGCUCUCCCUCCGGUCUCCCAGCCGCCGCUGUACACGGGGCCGGACGCCGGGGGGAACGCAGACGUCUCGGUGGAGGUGGGCCGCGUGCUGACGCAGAACGAGACGGUGUACGACAGCGCGGGUCAGGAGGGCGAGGCCGGCCGCCUGCUGAGGCCCGGUGCGGGCGCGGAGACGGCGGCCGGUGGCGGAACGGGGGCCGGGGCGGGGGCCGGCGAGGGCCCGAAGAUCGGCCAGGUGUCCAACGAGGUGUACGCGGAAACGGCCGCAGGCGUGGACUGCGAGGACGGAGGGGCUCCGGCAACGCCACAGCAGCCCGGACUCUCAGAGGGCAAUAGCAGCCAGCCCAGUAGCUUGGUCGCCCCACCGUUAGCCACGCCCAACAGGCUCGGGGACUCGGAGAACCUCAUCUGGCGAAUGCUGAUGGGCGAGUCGGUCGGCCAGGACAAGCUGAUGGUCAACAUCACGACCAAUCAGCUCCUGACGCAGGGCGAGGGGCAGUUCUCGGCCGAGAUGGGCCCGCUGGAGCUGGACUACGGGAGCCUGGAGGCGAACGCCGGCUUCAGCCUCAACGGCUCCGCGCUGCUGGAGUUCACGCUGGGGCGCCGGGGCAACGAGACGGGAGACCUGCCCCUCCUCAACAGGACCCUGUUCCCCGGCCUGAGGAACGGAAACCGCACAAGUCGAACCAGGAAUCAUCAGAAAUUCCUGCAAAAGAAUUUCAAGCUGAGUCCAGCUGACAUGUACCGCUGGAAACUCUCCUCUCAAGAGCCCUGCAGCAUGACCUGCUCCAUCGGUGUGUCCAGAUCCUUCGCCAUGUGUGUCCGUUACGACGGCGUGGAGGUGGAAGACAGGCACUGUGACGCUCUGACCCGACCCGAGCCUGUCCACGACUUCUGCAUUGGCAGAGAGUGCCAGCCCAGGUGGGAGGCCAGCAGCUGGAGUGAGUGCUCGCGCACCUGCGGCGAGGGCUUCCAGUUCCGGCUGGUGCGCUGCUGGAAGAUGCUGUCGCCGGGCCUGGACAGCUCCGUCUACAACGACCUCUGCACGCUGGCUGACCUAGAGCGCCCCCCGGAGCGCCGGCCCUGCAAGAGCCCCACCUGCGGCCCGCAGUGGGAGGUGGCCGAGUGGUCCGAGUGUCCCGCCAAGUGUGGAAGCAGGGCCCUGGUCUCGCGUGACGUCAGGUGCUCGGACGAAACCAGGCCGUGUGAGGAAUCCACCCGUCCGCCACCAGCCAAGAACUGUACAGGGCCUCCGUGUGAGAGACAGUGGACGGUGUCUGAGUGGGGGCCGUGCUCGGGGUCAUGUGGGCAAGGGAAAAUGGUCCGUCACGUGUACUGCAAGACCCCCGAGGGUCGAGUGGUUCCCGAGACCCAGUGCUCCUCAGAGAGCAAGCCCCUGGCCAUUCACCCCUGCGGGGAUAAGGACUGCCCACCACACUGGCUGGCGCAAGAUUGGGAGAGGUGCAACACCACGUGUGGCCGCGGCACCAAGCAGAGGAUAGUUCAGUGUGCGGGCAUCGCCGGGGGCAAGUUCCAGACCCAUGACGACGAGUCGUGCGACCCUGGCGACCGGCCCGAGCACGAGAGCACCUGCUUCGAGAGGCCCUGCUUCAAGUGGUACACCACGCCGUGGUCAGGGUGCACUAAGACCUGUGGGAUAGGAGUGCGCAUGCGGGAUGUGAAGUGCUACCAGGGACGGGAGCUGGUCAGAGGAUGCGACCCGCUGACCAAACCUGUGGCCAAGCAGACCUGUGCCCUUCAGCCCUGCCCAACAGAACCUCCAGAUGAGAACUGCAAUGACCGUCCCACCACAAACUGCUCGCUGGCCCUGAAGGUGAACCUGUGCAGCCACUGGUACUACAGCAAAGCCUGCUGCCACUCCUGCCGGACCCUCCGCUCCUCCUAGUCGCCCCUGCCCAGGCCUGGGAGGGCCAGCAUGGACAGCGGUGGUCCUGGCUCGUGCUGCUUCAGUUGGCCGCGACACACUCAUUUUUGUCUGUUUUCAGAGAUGGGAGCCAUAGAUGAACUCUGACCCCACUGGUCCAGACCUCCAGGAGGUACCCCCCCCCCCCCCCCCAUAUAACUUUCUGCCAUAGGAUGCAUUCUACAAAAAAUAUAGGGUACCCAAAUAAAUGGUUCACAGUAAA